CGAUAAGAUAUCCUGUUUCCGGCUUCUCUGUUAGUGCUAAUGCAACCAUGACUGUUAUCGAUAAGCGAUAACUUUUAGAAUCAGCUGAUUGUUGUUAUUUGUUGCAAAAAAUAAACGUCUACAUAGUGUAGUGCAUCAAUCCGGUUUAUCAAUGAUUUUAUGAAUAAAAACAAGCGAUGAAACCGAAAAAUAAUAAAUGAAAUUUAAUUAGAUAUUAAUACGAAAUCAAGUGAUUGGGUACUGCAAUAAAGCAAUAAAUACCCUUCUAUUUACUUAAAAUGUGGAUAAUUAACGCGAUUGUGGUGCAUUUAUUAUUACUGGGCUCUAUAUUUGUUAUAUAUUUCCGCUCACCAAUUAUCGCAGGUUUGCAACCGCAGGAGCCGAUACAAUUAGAAGCGCCUGCUAAACGACUAGUGCUCAUUGUAACUGAUGGACUGCGUGCAGAAUCCUUUUUUCGUAAUGGCUGUGAAGACAUACCAAAUUUAAGUAAAUUAAUGUUGACAACAAAUGGAUUGGUUGGCAUUUCACAUACGCGUGUACCAACCGAAUCACGACCCGGUCAUAUAGCGCUCAUCGCUGGUCUAUAUGAAGAUCCAUCGGCUGUAACACGCGGUUGGAAACGUAAUCCUGUCGAUUUUGACACUGUAUUCAAUCGCAGUGCACAUACAUACGCUUGGGGCGCUGCAGAUGUGCUGCAUAUAUUUUCACGUAUGGGUGGCAUAGAAAGUGAGCAAAGAUUACUUAUAGAUGCAUAUGACCACGAACUGGAUUUCUCUGGUCGUGAUAAAACUUAUGAAUUAGAUGACUGGGUGUUUAAACGUGUACGCCAACUACUCGCACGCAAGAGUGUGGAGCUACGUGAGCAGAAACAAAUUAUUUUAUUUUUACAUUUGUUGGGCUUAGAUACGGCUGGGCAUGUGCAUAAGCCUGGAACGCAAAAUUUUUUAGAAAAUUUACAUCGCACUGAACAUGGUAUAACGGAGUUGUAUGAAGAGUUUGAGAGCGUGUUUCCAGACAGCCGCACUGCUUAUGUGUUGACUUCCGAUCAUGGCAUGACAAAUGCAGGCUCGCAUGGCUCCAGCGACGCAUUUGAGACUGAAACACCUUUCUUCCUUUGGGGCGCCGGUAUUGCUAACAAUGUUAGCUAUGAAAAUAUAUUUAAAAUUGGCAAAGACAUCACGCGUCCACUUUAUGCCUUGCAACAAGCACAAAUAGCGCCAAUUAUAUCAGCUUUAAUAGGCAUUGCGCCACCAAUGAAUAACAUUGGUAUACUACCGUUAAAAUACUUAAAUGCUACGCUCGAAUAUAAAGCGCACGCGGUGCGCAGCAAUGCUCUACAGCUUUUAGCACAAUUUCAAGCGCUUUUGACAACACAUCAACGCGGACUCUUCUCACGGUUUCUUUCAAGUUAUAAUGAACUCAAUGAAGCAGUUAUUGCACAAUAUUUAGUGCAAACGGAAAUGUAUAUGCAAAAUGUUCAAUAUGAUGAUGCGAUUAACGAUAGUUAUAACAUAAUGCAGCUUGCUUUAAAAGGCAUCGAGUAUUAUCAGGGUUAUUAUCGUCGUCCAUUGCAGCUUAGCACCACUGCUACCUUUAUAUGUUGGAUAAUCUAUUGUCUGCAAUUGUUGCUAGGACAGCGGCAAGCAGUGAAACAUUUUCAAGGCCGCUUAACUGUAACAUUUAAACAAAAGUUGUGCCUACUCACAGUUUGCGUGUUGUUGCUAUUGCAGCGUGUGCCAUUGGUUAUAGCUUUUUAUCUACUGUUACCGUUACUAAUCUGGCUGUUGUUGGUGCAAAAGCAGGGCAUCUCUUUACUGCCGCUCAUGCGUGCAAUGCCGCUAAUACAAUUGCUGGCGUUAGUUUUAUGCGCCGAAUUGUUUGUCUACAGUUUCUUUGAGCGCAAACUUAUUUCACUAAGUUUUCUCAUUUACUCAUUAUUUAUUAAUUUACGCGCAUUUCCAGCUAAAAAUGUCAAAUUUUACAUUUGGCUGGUAUUAAGCUUAGCUUUAGCCACUUUCCCGUUGCUGCCGCCAACCCUUGGUUAUACAAACACCUGGUUGCUGCUGCUUGGCAUGUGCGUUACGUUGCUGCGGCCAUUUGUCGUCAAAUCUCAUAUACAUUGGCAUAUAAAAGUGCCAGCUAUGGUAAGCUUAAUCAACGCUUUGCUUGUCAGUUACUGGCAUGCGCAACAACGCGGUGUGCCAUUCAUAUCGCACGCACUCUCCUGGUGUUUCCUGCUGUAUAUUUUUGCUUUAAUUGUUUUUAGUCGUACAAUCGUUUUGAAGCAACGCAUUGAGCUUUUAUUUUUCCUAUUAACCUCUUUCUACAACUUACUGUGCACAUCCUAUGAAUCGCUUUUUAUUGUUAUGCUCUCUUCAGAGUUGAUGCUCACACUGGCUGUGCAGCCAAUGCAACUGCCUUUAUCACACAGGCUAAGUGACACUUACGCGCAAAGUAAGAAGGGUGCUAUGGCACAACAGCCGCUGGCCGUUAACACGCCUCAGCAGUUGCAAGCGGCGCUCAAGUUGUCCUUCACCAUAUUACUCUACACACUCUUUUCCUUUUUCGGCACCGGCAACAUAGCGUCUGUCAGCUCCUUCGAUCCGAAUAUUGUACGCUGCUUUUUGAGCACUUUUGCGCCAUUUAUCAUUAUGGCAUUGGUCAUAUUGAAAUUAGUCAUUCCUGUUGUGUUGAAUAUAUUAAUUAUUUAUGGCAUGUCGUCAUUUGCACGCGCCAAUGAGCAGGCCAUUUUCGUUUGUCUGUUGCUAAUCUGUGAUGUGAUGGGCUUGAAUUUUCUAUUUUUGGUUAGAAAUGAAGGCUCGUGGCUGGAAAUCGGCACAUCGAUUUCACACUUUGUCAUUAUGGAGGUGACCACAGUGGUGCUGCUGAUUUUCACAUAUUUUGCCAAAUUGCUGCUGCGUUUAAAGGAAAAGGUGCAGAAUGUGGAGUAGGCUUAGAUUCAAGCUGCCAAGUAGUAUUAUUUGUAUAAAAAAUGUAUAUGUACAUAUGUAUAUAUACUUUUUAUAAUUAAAUUUGUUGUAGUUAAGUUUUUUAAAAUUUGUUCAAACUAAAUUUUAGUGAAUUUUUGUAAAUACAAAUUUGUUAUUUGUCAAUUCUUUAAUCUUUUUCGUUACAUUAAAUAUUUAUUAACUAACUAUUUUUAAUAAAAAACUUUACACAUUCAAUUUUCCAUUC